GCUCCAUCAACUCAUUCAUCUUCUUUCCAUGCCACACAGACGGAUCAAGAAGAGCAGAAAAAGUACAACAAAAGACACCAUAGCGAUGGGAGCGGCGGUGAAGCGCGCGAGGGAGGAGGAGCCGGUGUCGCUGGCGCUGGCGCUCACCACGGACUCGGCGGCGUCGUCCACCACGUCGGCCGACUCGGCCGGGGCGGCGCCGGCCAGGAAGAGGGCGCGGCGGGGCAGAGUGGUGGCCACGUCGGGGGAGGGGGAGUUCGUCUGCAAGACCUGCAGCCGCGCCUUCGCCACGUUCCAGGCGCUGGGCGGGCACCGGACCAGCCACCUGCGCGGCCGCCACGGGCUGGAGCUCGGCGUCGGCGUCGCCAGGGCCAUCAAGGAGCGGAAGAAGCAAGAGGAGAAGCAGCACGAGUGCCACAUCUGCGGCCUCGGCUUCGAGAUGGGCCAGGCGCUGGGCGGACACAUGCGCCGGCACCGGGAGGAGAUGGCGCUGCGCGGCGGCGACGACGGCGAUCAGUGGGUGUGGCGCGGCGUCGGGCUGCCGGAUCAGGAGGCGGUGGCGCACCAGGCCGCCGCCAAUUACGAGCCGCCCGUCUUGCUCGAGCUGUUCGUCUAGGUAGCUAGCUGGAUCUGCUAGUAGUUAUACAAUUUCUUGAUGGAGGAAAUCACUUGUAAAUGUCUUUGAUUAGGAUGAUAUUAUGAGAUGUAGGUUAAUUGUUGGGCAUUGUAAUUACAAAUUUACGGUUCGAUAGAGUACGUUUUGCCGGUUGGCGUUUCUGUUCUUGGAAUUUUGCUUUGGAUUGGCACAUUUUUUAACCGAUCGACUGGAGGUUUGUGGAUCUCGUAUGCACUUGUA